GCAGGGAAUCUAAUUCCAUUCCUUCUCAUCCUAGUUGGUGGUACUACAUUAAUUUGUAGGAAAAGCAUAUGACCGAUUCUGCAAAUAUAUAUAUAUAUAUACUUUGAUUCUUUGAUUGAUAUAUUUGUACGUAGAAUGAAGAAUUGAAAAAACAUAUAGUUGUAAGAAUAUGGGAAGAAGAAUUUUAAGGACUCAAAUUUACGCAAUGCAACAACAACUACUACCUAGCAUUAGCUGCACCACUUUUAACAUUCUUGCUCCAAUAUACAAGCGUCUUAACAACGAGGAUCAGAGUUUCCGUGAAAGUGAGAACAGAGGAUGUUGGUUGGCUAGGAAUCAAAGGAUAUUGGAUUGGUUGUUGUUUGAGAAAUCUUCCAUUAUUUGUCUUCAGGAAUUUUGGGUUGGAAAUGAGGAGCUAGUUAAUCUAUAUGAGAAAAGACUUGGUGAUGCUGGUUAUAUUCAUUUUAAGCUUGCAAGGACUAACAAUCGUGGUGAUGGUCUUCUGUUAGCAGUGCAAAAGGAAUAUUUCAAAGUUGUUAAUUAUAAGGAGUUGCAUUUUAAUGAUUGUGGUGAUCGAGUAGCUCAAUUGUUACAUGUUGAGUUAGCAUUUCCACCUUCACAAUGUCAAAACAGUGGUAUUAAGCAAGAAGUUCUUAUUGUCAAUACUCACCUAAUAUUUCCUCAUGAUUCAAGUCUAUGCCUUGUGAGGCUGCACCAGGUCUACAAGAUACUUCAAUAUGUGGAAUCUUAUCAGAAUGAAUACCAACUUAAACCAUUGCCAAUUAUACUAUGCGGUGACUGGAACGGAAGCAAACGCGGACAUGUUUACAAGUUCCUAAGGACUCAAGGGUUUGUAUCGUCAUAUGAUACAGCACAUCAGUACACCGAUGCAGAUGCUCACAAGUGGAUUAGCCACCGAAACCAUCUGGGAAAUACAUGUGCUGUUGAUUUUAUAUGGCUUCUGAAUCCUGACAAAUAUCGAAAACUAGUAAAAGCAAGUUGGAGUGAAGCCGUUUUCGAUAUGUUCAAGUGUCUAUUGCGACGAGCUUCACCAACAGAUAGUGAUGCAUUUUCUUUUCUAAAGGCUGAAGAUGAAGAUUGUGUUACAUAUUCUGGUUUUUGUAAAGCACUUCAACAGCUUAAUUUAGUUGGUAAUUGCUAUGGAUUAAGUGAUGAAGAGACAAAGGAAUUGUGGUUUCAAGUAGAUAUUGAUGGAAAUGGUGUAAUUGAAUAUAAACAAUUUCUGCAUCAUUUAUGGAAUCCAACAGAAUCAGAUCAAAGAGAUGAAAACAACAAUGAUAAACAAGAUGAUGUACCAAAUGACAGUGAGGAGGAGGAGGAAACAAUUGGUUUCAGUGUAAAAAAUGCAGUGAUGUUCCCUUCAGAGGUGGAGAAAGGUAGAUGGCCAGAGGACUAUUCCCUAUCUGAUCAUGCAAGACUAACCGUAGUCUUCUCACCUAUCAGAAUUUCAUGCUCUCACAUGAUUUCUUAACAAAGCUUGAGAUUACUCUAGAUUAAGUUUUAAUGUUCAAAAUGAUAGACUUUGGUUUGGUCUCAUUAAUUUGAAGUUAUACAACUCAAAUUCUCAUACAUAUCCAGUGAUUAUUACUUCCUCCUGUCUUAAAAUUUUGUUUCUAGACUAAAAUGUUGUUUAGAUACAUCAACUUUACAAUGAAUCUAAAAACUAAUUAUUUUUGUAUAUAUAUAAGACCCGGAGGGAGUAUUUUUCUUAAAGUAAUUUAUAUUUACUUCUCAAGGCAGCGUACAGUUCAAAAUUAGUCUAAAUAUUUUUUAUUUAUAUUGUUUGUUGGUCAUGGUUCGCCGGUUUGCUGUUUUUAAUGAAUUCAGUGACG